AGAGCAAGACACUCGCCCCAUUCCCCAAAAGGGGUUGUUGUUGAUUUGCUGAAAAAAUGGCGGAUGAAAUGACUCCUGUAUUGCAUGAAAGUUUUAAAGAACAAGUUUUGAUGCUUUUUCAAGACUAAAUAAGCUUCAUAAACCACGAAACAUACGGAAUUGUAGUGCGAUGGGAUUCAAGCGCAUUCAAGCUGCCUUUACUUUUCACUUCAGCAAUUUUCGCCGUAGACCAGGAUUUUUGCUAUGUCUUGCAAUCCUUUGCCUUCUAUACGUCGUUUACUGGAUUUCUAUGACAGGGACUGAUUCCAGGUUUAAGAGUGCAAGAAAACUCAUCAAUACAACUUUGCAUACUGCCCCUGUAAUAAAAGGGCUGGAAUUUUCGGAUUCAAAGUUUACGCUAAAUGGGGAACCGUUCUUGAUUCUAAGCGGUUCAUUGCAUUAUUUUCGAGUCAUGCCCGAGUACUGGAAGGAUCGCCUGGUUAAGCUGAAAGCCAUGGGACUAAAUACUGUGGAAACCUAUGUUGCUUGGAAUUUGCAUGAGCAAGUCCAAGAUAAUUUCAAAUUUAAAGAUGAACUAGAUAUUGUAAAAUUUGUGAAGCUAGCUCAAAGACUUGGGUUAUAUGUCAUCAUACGACCCGGUCCCUAUAUCUGUGCAGAAUGGGAUCUUGGAGGCUUACCAAGUUGGCUUCUAAGUGACCCUGAAAUGAAACUAAGGACAUCCUAUGGUCCAUUCAUGGAGGCAGUGGACAGAUACUUUCAAAAGCUGUUCCCUUUGCUGACACCACUUCAGUAUUGCCAAGGAGGGCCUAUCAUUGCCUGGCAGAUAGAGAAUGAGUAUUCAUCAUUUGAUAAGAAAGUUGACAUGACUUACAUGGAGCUUCUACAGAAGAUGAUGGUAAAGAAUGGAGUCACUGAGAUGCUACUCAUGUCAGAUAACCUGUUCAGUAUGAAAACCCAUCCAAUCAACCUAGGUGGAGUUCUAAAGACUAUAAAUCUCCAAAAGAAUGUGAAAGAUGCCCUGUUGCAGCUUAAAGAGAUCCAGCCCGACAAACCUCUGAUGGUAACAGAGUUCUGGCCGGGAUGGUUUGAUGUGUGGGGAGCGAAACAUCACAUUUUGCCCACAGAAAAAUUGAUCAAAGAAAUAAAAGAUUUAUUCAGUUUGGGAGCAUCAAUCAACUUUCACAUGUUUCAUGGGGGGACUAAUUUUGGUUUCAUGAAUGGGGCAAGCUUCACUCCAUCUGGGGUAUCAGUAUUGGAAGGGGAUUACCAACCAGAUAUCACAUCUUAUGACUAUGAUGCUCCACUGUCAGAAUCAGGAGAUAUUACACCAAAGUAUAAAGCCCUUAGGAAGUUCAUCCGUGAACAUGCCCCAAAGUAUUCAUUGCCUAGUCCUUUCCCAGAUAUCCCUUCCAACCUGUAUAAAGGGGCUUAUGACAACAUUGAAAUGAAGGACUUUGUUCCCCUCCAGAAGAUUUACAAAUAUUUAGAUCAAGCCAUUGUCAGUGACACAGUUAAACCCAUGGAGUUUUUACCAAUCAACAAUCAUGGCGGCCAGGGGUAUGGCUUCGUCAUUUAUCAGACGGCACUGAAGCAUGAUGCCAAGUCGCUUGUGGUAGAGAUAGUCCGGGACAGAGCUCAUGUGAUGGUUGACUCCAAAGUAAUUUCAACUCUUUGUGGUUAUGAUGCCAAGAAGAGAACGUUUAGCACCAAGAAGCUGGAGAGAAAUGAAUUGGAAUUGAAAUUUGAGAAGCCAAAUGACGAAGACGACAAGGUGUUACUUGAAAUUAUGGUGGAGAACAUGGGACGAGCAAACUUUGGCAAGGCUAUGGAUGCGCAGAGAAAAGGUAUUCUUGGUAAGGUUCUGAUUGACGGUAAAACGCCAAGAAAAUGGAAAAUAUAUCCCCUGGAUUUUCACAAGACAUUUACUGAACGAGCUUUCCUCGAAGUUCCUUGGUCCCAGGCGGGUACGAAGAUAAAUGGCUCGGUUGGCCACUCGCCAGGCUUCUAUCGCGGCAUUCUGCAUAUCCAGGGUCAGCCCCGAGAUACGUUUGUCCAUCCCAAGGGCUGGGGCAAGGGAGUGUGUCUGGUCAAUGGGAAGAACUUGGGCCGUUACUGGAAACUAGGGCCUCAGGAAACGCUUUAUUUACCGGCAUCGUGGCUCAGAAGCGGGGAAAAUACGAUUAUUUUGUUCGAGGUGGAUGGGCCCAGAGCAGACCACGUGUUGCAGUUUUCAGAUUCAUCCAUGCUCGGCGCUGAAAUACACGAGCAAUGAACAUUGCUAGGAAAUUAGAGUAGAAAACAGAGGUGUACUAAACUGGAUAGCUGUAAAUAUAAGGCAAAAAACUCUUCGUUAAAAGAAACAGCUUUUUGCUGCUGACAAGGGGAGAGUGACCUCGGCGCUCGCACCUCUAUCUACACGCCUAGAAAAGUGGUGGUGGUGGUGGUGGGGGGGGGGGGGGGGUUUAGUUAUAAAACAAGGGUAAUAUUGUUAGCGCUGCGUAUGGGAAUUCGUAGUAAGUUUCGACGAAGAGGAGUUUAUUAUCCUCAAGCAACUUCAAGGGCGAGGCGUUUGUCGGGGUAGGCUUUUAUAUCAAAACCCUAUCUCGAGAUAAAAAGUGUUUUUUGAUAACGAGCAAGGUACAAAAGAAUCUUCCUAGAAGUAUAACAAAACCAGCUGUCAAUGAUAAAGUGUUGUAGUGGGUAGUACUGUCAGGUGAAUCGUACCCUGGGUACCAGAGGCUCGAGCUUCACUCGUUAACUGUUUCGAGCCAAUACAGGCGUGACAGCAAACGAGUGAGCUCGAGCCUCUGGCAUCCAGGGUAGAGGAAUCGUUGCUCUUUGCUUCAAUAUCGCAAUUCCAUUUUUAUGACCUAUGAAUGUCGCCGGGUGAGUUUUUUUUACCUGUCCAGCGUAUAAGAACCUAGAAUUUUCAAGAUCAUCUUGAGAUAAAAAGUGUUAACGUGCAAUUUUUUCAUCCGCGUAUAAGUCACCUUAUUUAGCCUGAUUUAGAUCAGGCUAAAUAGUUUCUUAAAAAUCAGGGUACCUUUCGACAUAUCAGGCUGUUUAGAUUUUUAUAGUAGUUUUUUUUUUUUCAUAUACGCCAAGCAUUAACUAGUCAGAACGCUUGUAUAGAACGAACAUUUAACGGUUGUAACAUUUUACAAUAUGCAAUGCACCAAUAUAAUUGAACCCUAAAUCAUGUUUUAAA